GUAGAAGAAGUCUGCACGUCUGAGCUCGUGCUGGAGCACGGGCGCGCGUUCUCCCUUUCCGCAGACGCGCUCGUUUGGUCGCUGUUCGUUUUGUCGUCAGCAGCAUAACUUCCACUUGCAGUCCCCCUGGCUUGGCGCCUUGCAUUUCUGGUUGUGCUCUGAGAAAGACGUCGCACAAAGGCAUCCUUUGAAAAGGGAGCGCGAACGUGCGCCUUUUCCAAGGUACUGGUGGAGUUCGUCGUCGAUCUCUGAGACACGUUGGUGUAAGUGCUAGGUAAGGGCACGGUGUUCCGGAAUCAGUUUGGGGUGGAACAGGAGGGCAGGUAUUUCGUCCUGGGACCGGUGGCGGUUAAGUGCGCGGCAGCUUCACUUCCGCGAUGGCUACGCCAAAUAAAUUCUUCAGCAUGCCAGAGGACGGGGAAGAAACGGUGGCUUGCCCAUACAACUCUUCGCACGUAGUGCCUGCAUCCAUGCACUCGUUCCACGUUAGGCAUUGCCCGCAGAAAAAUAACGCAGGCCAACAAACCUCAAAAAGGAAAGAAAAAUCGAAUGGUAGGACGCAAAAGGAAGAAGACUGGGAACCAGAUAUUGUGCCCGGAAAGCCAGGUUAUGUGCCAUUGAUGUCGAUGGUACGUCCGGUUUUCCGGGAAGUGCAUAGUAUGACGCAGGUGCAGAGACGACGGUAUUACGACGAGCUUCUUAAACAGCACAAAGUCGUCAAUAUGCUGAAGAGCCUGGCAAACAAGAGCUACUUCGCAGAGCAAAGGCGAAAGCACGUAGUGCCCAGUGUGAGCGGGCAGUUCCCAGUCCACCCUCAACCUAUCCCUACAAAGCCCAGCACGGGGAAAUACAGUAACGUAACCCUAGAGAGCAAGAGAAAAAUCCAUCGACCUAACGAUGACCUAGACGACUGGUAUAUCGAACCAAUGCUGACCUCACUCUCCUCUCGCCUGGAGUCAAUUCUCACGGGAGCGGAACGACAGCCAACUUCACUCCCCAAGUACCUAUCCGACGACUCCUGGCCUAAGCUAAACCCUCCGACACAGUCUUCGGCACCGAAGAACCAUCCAAUACAAGCCAAUCACCGCCGCCCGUCUGAGAUGCCGAAAUCGCGGUACGUUCGGCAGCAAAACGGCACUGCCUUCAGACUGCCGUCUGAAAGACCAGGACCUGGUAGUGGGUCCUCUGCUACUGCCAGUCCCGCGGCCGUGAGCCCGGCAAGUGGAGAUUCCGCCGGAGAAUUCACCGAACCAAAACUCUUUCCCUCGGUGUCUGGCUCGAAGCAACGACCUGCGAACGGUCUACAACAGGCUAGCACGAGGCCUAAGAUCAGUGCUUUUGUGAGUCUGAGGGGCACCGAAACUUCCAAGUGGAUUCGGGCCGGAGAUCACGACGAUGAGCUCUUCUACUGUUCGGGGAAAGGACGUGGUCGUGUGAGGACAUAGCGAACAUAUAAAAGAAAAAAAGUGAGGAAUGGACACGGAUAAAAUUCACCUGCUUAAAAAUCUCAGAGGAAGUGUUGCGCAUGGAAGGAACACCACUCGUGCACAAAGUUACCGGUUAUUGCCGUAAUGUGCUCUUCAGAACCAUUUUGAACUGUGAACCAUUCAUUCUUGACAGCAUGUUCUGUGCAUAUAAUUACCUCAUUACCUCCGCAAGCCGUAACUGCAUAAUGCUGACUCCUACGCAGCUCUUGGCAUGGGUAACAGUACACUGUAUUGCAAAUGAGCCCGAUCGUAAAAUAUGAACCAGAACUAAUUGUUCUCCAUGAAGGUCGUCAUGAUCGGUUAGGUUGUCACUUGCCCUAGAGGGUUGCCAAAAUUAUGCGUUACGACGUGAACUGAUGGCGUUUUAUUCUCGAAUGUGACUGAACGAUAAAGGUUCCAUAUACUGCCGCCUAUCGAGUCGUCAAAGGUCGCGGGCACUUUACCCAUGUACCGUAAUAACGUGUACUCUUACGCCGCCGUAUAGUUUACAAUACAGCUUGUUUACCUACCUGA